AUGUGCCGAGUCCAGCCCGUGGUGCUGGCGGCUCAAGAACUGUCUGCAUUGGCCUUCUAGAUAGAACUGGAGAAAAGCCACUAUUCGGACCAUGAAAUGCGCAAGCUGGAGGAGGAGGAGCUGCUCUGGAGGAGGAAGGAAAGCGCCUACGAUGAUGAAGUGCCCGGCAAAAGGAUCAUCAUGGCUCAGGACCUGGAGGACAAGUGGGAACAGAAGUUGCUUCGAUUCAAAGCUGCUCCGCGGGUAACAGAUGCUGAUAAAAGCAACAACCGAACGUCGUUGAACAGGAAGCUGGACAGAAACCUGAUGUUUCUGGUGAAACAGAAAAUUGGCAACCAGGAGCCCAUGGCUACGUUCUUGGGAGAUCACGUUGAAGCCAAAGUCCUGGGGAAUGCUCCAUAUGGGAUUUACAAGUAUAAAUUCCCCAGGGCCAUCAGGACUGAGGAUAAUGUGGGAGCUAAAGUAUUCUUCUUCAAAGCCUUCCUCCAAAGCAGUGACUUGUCCCCAGCAGAGCCGAAGGAGGAUCACCUGUGGGUCACAAAGGAUGAGCUGGGAGAUUACUUGAAGCCAGAAUAUCUGAAGAAAGUCAAUCGAUUCCUUCUGGACUUGUAA